AAUUCGAAGCUUUUAGAGCCCGAAGAAAAAGCCCUAUGCCGUUAUAUCGACCGCCUUAAUAGUAUUAACCUUACGAUUCGACCUAAGUUUAUUACUAAUACUAUAGAUACGAUUCUAGAGGCGCGUCUCGAUACUAAAAAAGGCUGCCCCGCCCCUACCGUUAGUUAA